GACCACCUUCGGCAUGCUCCCACCCCUUGGCUAAAGAAAAUAAUACCGACUCCCCUCAGUUUUCUUUAGCUGUACAGUGAUCAUCUCGGAAAGCCUUCCCCCUUUAGACUACAGCAGCUAAAGGAAUAUUUGUAAUACCAAAGUCUUUUUUUGCAGCGAUUUCUUUGUGAUCUCAAUUCUCAUCUGCCUCAGAACUCAACCAGAAUUGGAAUCCAUCUGGUCUCAGGAUUGGGAAGUUAUUCUCUAAGCGAAGAUGUUUAUUAAAGUUCAAUUCUUCAUCUUCAUUCUCGGGAGCGUGCCUUUCAUAGCACUUGCUGAAGAAGCAAGCUCAGUUCUAGAAGGAGAAGAAAGCACAACAAUUGAUUUCAGAGACAGAAAUGACACAGAAUUUGAAGAACUACCAACCCUGUUGCCCACAGAACUACAAAGCGUAACAAAUCUCUUGGAGUUUGGACAGCUAAUGACCACAGAAAGUGCAAUUGUCCCAGCUGAAGAUGGUGAUAACUCUACUGGUUAUGAAGCUAACACAAAAAAUGUUGAUGGUGGACUGAGCGAGGAACCAGAGAAAACUGAAAAAGGUGGUCUGGAAACAAUUGCACUGGUUGGAAUAAUUAUUGGAAUCAUAGUUGCAGUUGGAAUCCUUGCAGGGAUAAUCAUCGCUGUUGUAAGGAAGAUGUCAGGCAGGUACUCGCCCUGAGAACGGUUGAACCAUGCAACAACGCCAUUUUAUGCCAAAGGAUACAAGUUCUUCUUAUUUUAUUAGAACUAAAGACUAUUCCUGUUUUAGUGUGAGAAGAUGAUCCAUGGAAAAUAUGAUCAAAACACUCAAGAUCUAUGGGGAUCCCACACAACUCUAAAGACUCCCCCCUGCCUGCACUACAGAGUAUGGGACAUGUCACAGAAUUUUUACUAACCACAAGUUUACUGGAAGAAAAGUGUUAUGCAGUAAGAAAAAACCCAGCAGCAGUAAGACUUACAUCUGCAAUGUGAUUUGCAGGUAAUAUAUGCUAUUUUGGUUUUUAAAUGCUACCAAGGAUUAUUUCACAUUACAUUUUAUGCAUUUCUUCAAAAAACAUCUCCAGAAUCUAAGUGUUUUGGGCUGGUUAAGUGCUUUUAGCAUGUUUAUCUACCAAAUGAUGUAUCAAAAAAUGAAGAAUUAGCUUCGGAGAGAACCAAUUAUUUACAAAUUUAGAAAACACAGGAUAUUGGAAGCUAAAAUCUUUCCACUAUUGAUACAGAUAUUCUGCUUUUGAUACUUAUGUUAUUAUGUGGCAAAAUGUGGUAGGCCCAGCUGGAACUGACCUACCUACUGAAAGCUUGCUCAUUCGACUUGCACCAGGAAUUUCCUGUCCUCUCUUGUUGCAGAGACAUGCAGGAAUUGAAAUACACAUCCUGAAUUAAAGGGUGCUUGGAAAAUACCCAGUUUUGAUGGGUCACUUUAACCAGUUACUCAGCACGCUUUAGAGCUGACAUGUAGAAGCUUUUAAAUUAGUGUUUAACACUUAUUUCUUUGUAACUGUCUCAUUUUCCAACUGAAUGCUUGGCUUAUUUGAGAGUGUGUUUAAUGCUAGAUCAGGAUACAUUAAUGAGGUAUAAUGCAUCUUUGGACUCCAUAGCUUUUUUUAUUGCACAUUUAGUGCAGCAGUACCUGACUGCACAGAGUUCAGAGCAAAGGCUUUGUACAUCAAGUGGCUGCAACACAUUAUGUUUGGUGUAAAA